AUGGACUCGGGCUCGAUCCAUCGCCCGAUCGAGCUGCAGUCCCCAGAGGACUUCACCUACCUGAUCAACAACGUGCGACGCGCCGCGGCCGAUAGCAUCAACGCCGCGUUCCCGCCGGUCGAGGGCCACGAGGACCAGGAGGACGAGCUGCGCGUGCGGAUAGAGCAGCUGGUGUACAGCUACAUCAAGCAGACAUUCACCCUCGCAGCCCCGAACCUCACAAUCAACGGCCUCCCCGUCAGCCCAGAUACGUUCCUCUCGGGCAUUGGCUCCGCUGAUGACGGUGACUCCCGCGGUCCCGAGGAGCAGUACGAGCCGUUCGACGGCCGCAGGCGGCAGCGCGUCGAGGAGCUCGCGCGCGAGGAGGAGGACCUGCUGCGCGAGAUCGCGGCGCUGAAGCGCAAGGUGCCCGCGGCCGCGGCCGCGCAGUACGCAGAGCAGUUGCGGACGUCGGUCAAGGCGGACGAGGAAGCGCUAGAGGCGGCGCGAGCGAAGGUGCUGGAGGGCAGGAAGGCCGGCGACAAGAAGAUGCUGGACGUGGGCGGGCUGGAGAGGCAAGACGCGGUGGAGGAGGCGUACGAGGGAGCGGUCAAGGCGCUGGGGCGGCUCAAGAGGGAGAUGCCUGCCACGGUGGCCAAGAUGGAGAGGGCAAGAGUGGCGGGAGAGUAUGUUGUUACAGAGAGGUGA